AUGAUUCCACAUCUGAAGAACAUUCUGGCACAUAUACCUCAUCAUCUCAUUAUACCCACUCUCUUUGAUGGGCCAGAACCGCUCAAAACGUUUGACUUGGAGUUCAUAUUGGGAUCACCUCAUACUGGGACUAUUGAUGGAUUAUUUGAUGAUCAGUCAUCUAAACACAAUCUGGGUCUAACCAGUCAGGUGGUAGCCUUCCGACAUUCCUUGGCUAGCUAUGACUGUUAUGUUAUACAUGGUACAUGGCUAAAAGCAGCAGAGGAGCUUUGGAAUCGUACCCUCAAGGUUAAGGAGCCGUUGAAGCACAAAUUCGUGCAGAUUCUUUUUUGGCCUGAGGAAUCGUUACUGGCCCCACUGAAUGCUUCCAGGCACCUGGAGGUUUUGGAUUUUUAUAGGCAACGUUGGGGCCAAGUGGAUGUCCCGGUGCAAGUUGAGCUGGUGAAAAGGCUGACAGCGUUCAUUCUACCCUCACUUGAACAGUCAUCGGAGCAUGACAUUGGAGCUACAGUCAUAGCCUCCAGUCAUGCACUCAGUUUCUUCACUCUGGUGAACGACGAGCUAUGCAAAAUGGGGAGGUUAGCUCAUCUGCCGAACUGUAUCGAACCUUGGAUGGAUGUGUUAAGACAUGUACGACGGAUCCAUCAGUUGUCACUUCUUUACUUCAAACCAGUUUUGGGGUACUUUCCGCUACCGAUGAACGAGUUCAGGGGCCUCUUGGACGGUUCAUUAGUAUGUGACUUCACAGUCAUUGGGCCCUUGUUGGAUUUAUACGGGGACUUCUGGGACAACGUAAAAUCUACGUCACAGACAGAAUUCAUCCAGACAUUGACGAGGCAUGUAAACAGUGACACAGUCUUGCUUCCAGCACCGAAUGGUUCUGACCUAACCUUUUCGACCAAAGACUCCGAACUGCCAUCCUCGAUCGGAUCGUUUAUCACCAACUCACAACGGGGAUUCGAGUUUCUGGCGUUUUUGAAUGAGAAGUUAGUGAACAACCGGCUAUACCAUGGUCCGAAGAGACGCGAAAUUAUUGGUUCAUGGGUGGAUGCUUUGGGAUGUAUACAAGUCCUCCGUGGGCUACCGUCCGAUCAUUUCAGACCCAUUCCAAAGCGUAAUGAUCGAUAUGGGGAGAUAGUGGGCUGGUAUACACCGAGAGAUAAAAGAGGCAGGAUCAACUCCAAAGUGGACCGAGGAAGUCGGGAAACUGACAGUGUGGCCAACGGAGUCACUCGGCAGGCAGGUGAAGUUACCGGGAACGAGGACAGGCCGCCACCUCCAAGUUUAAGCUGUGAGAAACACGGAGAUGGUUCGGGAGACUCAGGAAUAGAGCAACUGGAUAAGGGGGAUUCGAAAGUGAAUAGGGUUAACCAACUUAAUAUAGCGCACAGUGUUGUGGUAGACGGAGACGCAGGUGGAGAUGAUGACGGAAAUGGAGAUGUUUGGACGCCAGGCGCAGAUAAUAACGUUUGA